UGGCGCGCAAAACGGUCGGACUUUGAAUUGCAGCAACGCGGUAAAACGUUCGUUACGCGCGCAGCGCAACAAGGUGGUCGUGAUUCUGUGGUGACGUCGGCGGUGCAACGAAAAAGUGGUGCAUUCCACGAACAAUCGGUUUUUCGAAGUGUGCAAAAUAAAUUAAACAAAUAAAAAUAAAAAAAAAUUAAAUAUGUCUACAAAUCAUCGGAACGGGAGAGAUGCGCAUCUGCCAAUGCCGGACCACUCGAGGGGCAACGACGACGACGGUGUAAAAAAGGGCCAAUCGUUUCUCGGUACCGGCCACAACGCACGGGAUGUGGUAUCAAUCUUCUUGGCGGAGUUCAGUGGCACUGCGACGCUCGUGUUCCUGGGAUGCAUGUGCUGCGUUACCGGUUUCGGGAACACGCCUACUCACGUGUCCGUCGCAAUCGGGAUUGGCUUCACAAUCAUGAUGGCCAUCAUCAUAUUCGGUCACGUUUCCGGUGCACAUAUCAAUCCGAGUUUGUCGAUUGCAGCGCUGGUUUAUGGAUUAUUGAAUAUUCCGAUGUUCAUCCUCUACCUGAUCGCUCAAUUCCUGGGAGGCCUAUGCGGUUACGGUUUGCUAAUGGCCGUUACCCCUAUGAAGUUGUUCACCGAAGCGCUGGAAACCGGAAAUGGGGCUUGUGUCACCGCACCACAUGACGAUCUCAGCACAUGGGAAGCAUUCGGAGUGGAAUUUUUCAUAACCGGAAUUCUGGUUUGGACGUGUUGUGGGUUGUGGGACCCCCGGAACAGUAAAUUUGGAGAAGGUUUACCGGUGAAGUUCGCGCUGAUUAUUGUCGGAAUUGCGAUUGCAGCUGGACCGUACACUGGGGCGAGUAUGAACCCGGCCAGAACCCUUCCGCCGUCGGUGUGGAAUGCAAGCUAUAAAUCUACUUGGAUUUACUUCGUCGCACCACCGCUAGCCGGUAUGAUAAUGCCUCUGAUCUACAAGUACGUCUUCCGACGAGAAGUUCCACAAGAUGAGCACACGGAAAUGAUCACCAGGACAACGGAAAAAAUCAAAGCUAGUAUUGUAGAACAACAUCGUAUCUAACCCGGAUGCAAAGUUGAUAAAACCUACUGGGAAGUUGAACUACAAAAAGUCUGCUCUUAUUUAGGUUAAGUAACGUGAUAAACAACUAGGAUAAGCUAUUAUCAUAUGAUGAUAUUGAAAACUACAUCUAUGUAUGAGAAAUGUCCUUGAACGAUCGACAUUUUUCAAAAUAAAAUUCAUAUCAGUGUUAUGAUUCAAA